AUGAAGCCAAGCCAGUUGGCUGUGGUGCCGUCCAUCCGGCCUGAGACAACAAGCGCAUCCAAUUGCAGUGCUUGGCGGGAGAAGAGAAUACGAGACGUUGGAGUAAACGGGCUGAUGGGUUUGCCCGUACAAGCGGUCUUUGGGAAUAUGGAUUCAUUUCUGAAUGAAACUGUCUUGAAUGCUUUUUGCAAUGGAGUAUACAUGGGAAUCUUGAUUAUCUCUCGCUAUGGAGCAUCUUGCGGUCUUCUCCCAAGUGCCUUCAGAUCGGACGACGACAAAUAA